AUGGCCUCCAGGCUCCCCAUGGCCUGGGUGCAUGAGCCGGUGGCAUUUGAAGACGUGAGCCUGGGUUUUGGCCUGGAGGAGUGGGAACUGCUGGACCCCGAGCAGAAGUGCCUGUACAGACAGGUGCUGCUGGAAAACUACAGGAACCUGGUCUCUGUGGAACAUCAGCUUUCCAAGCCAGAGGUGGUGUCUCGGCUAGAGGAGGAGGAAGAGCACUGGUCAGUGGAGAGAGGAAUUCCUCAAGACACCUUUCCAGGGAGGCCUGAGGCCCCACUGGACCGGCCCUCGGACCCUCUCCCUGCCCGGGCGCCCCUGACGGAGAUCGAGGUGGUGGAGGUGCUUUCGCUGAACGAGGAGGCGGCGCGGUCCCGCAACGCCCGGAUCUGGGCCCUCUACGCUGGAGGCGGCGGCCUGAGCCCCAGGGCCCUGGAGGAGCCCCCCCCUCCACCGGGCGGCCGUCCCGCCGACCCCGAGGCCGACCCUGAGGCCGCUCGACAGCGGUUCCGGGGCUUCCGCUACGAGGAGGCGGCGGGGCCCCGCGAGGCCCAGGCCCAGCUCCGCGAGCUGUGCCGCCGGUGGCUGCGGCCCGAGGCGCACUCCAAGGAGCAGAUGCUGGAGGCGCUGGUGCUGGAGCAGUUCCUGGGCGCGCUGCCCCCGCAGCUGCGGGCCUGGGUGGAGUCUCAGCGCCCGGGCGACUGCCAGGAGGCGGCGGCCCUGGUGGAGGACGCGACCUGGGGGCCCGAGGAGAAAGCUCUGCCUGCCUCGGGCCCCACCUGCCCCCUGGAGCCCCCGGCCCCGCAGGAGGGGAAGGCGGAGGAGGAGACCUGCCCCACAGACGUGCUGCUGCUGCCGGAGGAGCCAGUGACCUUCCUGGACGUGUCCUUGGACUUGAACAGGGAGGAGUGGGAGCUGCUGGACGCCUCGCAGAGGACGGAGUACCACGACGUGAUGCUGGAGACCUUCCGGCACCUGGUGUGCGUGGGCUGGGAGAGCACGGCGGAGGGGGAGCGGCUGCUCCCACAGCCAGCGGCUGCUGAGGCCGAGCCGCCCACCCUGAAAGUGGAAGAGCCCUCGGCCUCAGGGGAGGCCCCGCAAGCGGGGGGCCUGGAAGCUGGGGCCACGGCAUUGCCGCUCAUGGGGCCGGCUCAGGAGGAAGCCCUCCCUGAGGAGCAGCCCCAGGAAAGCCCGGAGUCCCCAGCAGAGGGGGGCCUCGCCACCAGCCACGUCUCUCACCAGAAAAUGCUGCUCAGGAAUAGCCCGCGCAGGCACAGCUCGCGGAUCAGGAAGGCGGCGCAGGCGGUCCAGGUGAGUCUGCAGCCGAGCCGCCGCCGGGACCGAGCCCGGGAUGCCAGGAGCAGCCUGCAGGUCACCUUCACGCGGGUCCAGAAGGGGAGCCAUCUGUUCAGCUGCAGCGCCUGCGGCAAACUGUUCCGGAACCCCCGCUACUUCUCGGUGCACAGGAAGAUCCACACAGGGGAGAAGCCCUACGUGUGCCAAGACUGCGGCAAGGCCUUCAUCCAGAGCUCCUCCCUCACGCAGCACCAGAGGGUCCACACCGGCGAGAGGCCCUUCACGUGUCCCGAGUGCGGGCGGACCUUCAACGACCGCUCCGCCAUCGCCCAGCACUUGAGGACUCACACUGGAGCCAGGCCCUACCUGUGCAAGUUCUGCAACAAGUCCUUCCGCCAGAGCUCCCACCUCAUCCGGCACCAGAGGAUCCACACUGGGGAGCGCCCCUAUGCCUGCAACCGGUGCGGGAAGGCCUUCACCCAGAGCUCCCACCUCAUCGGGCACCAGAAGACGCACAGUGGGGUCAAACGCAAGAGGAAUCCCCAACCUGGGGCUAAAGCCAGUUGA